GAACAUGGUUCAAGCAGAAGUUGGCAAUGUAAUGCAGAGCCAUAUUUAGAGCCAUCUCAUAUUGCUCACAGGCAAUAAGGGACUUUCUCUCGCAAUAUCAAUCGACAAACUACAGUAGUGCUUGAGGGAUUUUAACUUGGUGACAUUUCUGAUCAUCGAUUUCAAAAUAUAUUUAAUGGAAUACACUGGAAUUCGUUUUCAAUUUCAUUAAACGUUGCAAUGGAAAAACGGGUGGAACGAGUGAAGCACACAGGCGGAUGCCAUUGUGGGGCUGUCAGAUUCGAAGUCUGGAAUUCCCCAGACCUUCUGGUUUUCGACUGCGACUGUAGCAUCUGCACCAAGAAGCAAAACCAUCAUUUCAUUGUGCCAGAAAAUCAGUUUAACCUUUUACAGGGUUUGGAGAUUAUUAACACAUAUACAUUUAAUACACACAUUGGGAAGCACACAUUUUGUAGUACCUGUGGAGUCCAGAGUUUCUUCACCCCACGUUCCAAUCCAGAUGGAUAUGGCAUAGCUCCUCACUGUUUGGACCCAGGUACUGUAUGCAGUGUGACAGUAGAGAAGUUCUGUGGACAGAAGUAUGAGGAGACCAUGAAAAACCACCCGAAUAUCAGAGACUUGUCCAAGCCUGUAGCAGAAACACAUACAGUUGAAGUCGGAAGUUUACAUACACCUUAGCCAAAUACAUUUAAUCUCAGUUUAAAAAAAAAUCCCUGUCUUAGGUCAGUUAGGAUCCCCACUUCAUUUUAAGAAUGUGAAAUGUGAGAAUAAUAGUUGAGACAAUGAUUUAUUUCAGCUUUUAUUUCUUUCAUCACAUUCCCAGUGGGUCAGAAGUUUACAUACGCUCAAUUAGUAUUUGGUAGCAUUGCCUUUAAAUUGUUUAACUUGGGUCAAACAUUUAGGGUAGCCUUCCACAAGCUUCCCACAAUAAGUUGGGUGAAUUUUGACCCAUUCCUCCUAACAGAGCUGGUGUAACUGAGUCAGGUUUGUAAGGCCUACUUGCUCACACAUGCCUUUUCAGUUCUGCCAACAAAUUUUCUAUAGGAUUGAGGUCAGGGCUUUGUGAUGGCCACUCCAAUACCUUGACUUUGUUGUCCUUAAGCAACUUAGGAAGUAUGCUUGGGAUCAUUGUUAAUUUGGAAGACCCAUUUGCGACCAAGCUUUAACUUCCUGAUGUCUUGAGAUGUUGCUUCACAUAAUUUUCCAUCCUCAUGAUGCCAUCUAUCUUGUGACGUGCACCAGUCCCUCCUGCAGCAAAGCACUCCCAUAACAUGAACACCCCCCCCCCCGCGAUGGUGUUCUUCAGCUUGCAAGCAUCCCCCUUUUUCCUCCAAACAUAACGAUGGUCAUUAUGGCCAAACAGUUCUAUUUUUGUUUCAUCAGACCAGAGUACAUUUCUCCAAAAAGUACGAUAUUUGUCCAUGUGCAGUUGCAAACCGUAGUCUGGCUUUUUUAUGGCGGUUUUGGAGCAGUGGCUUCUUCCUCGCUGAGCGGCCUUUCAGGUUAUGUCGACAUAGGACUCGUUUUACUGUGGAUAUAGAUACUUUUGUACCUGUUUCCUCCAGCAUCGUCACAAGGUCCUUUGCUGUUGUUCUGAAAUUGAUUUGCACUUUUCGCACAAAAGUACAAUCAUCUCUAGGAGACAGAAUGUGUCCCCUUCCUGAGCGGUAUGACAGCUGCGUGGUCCCAUGGUGUUUAUACUUGGGUACUAUUGUUUGUACAGAUGAAUGUGGUACCUUCAGGCAUUUGGGAAUUGCUCCCAAGGAUGAACCAGACUUGUGGAGGUCUACAAAAAAAAAUUCGGAGGUCUUCGCGGAUUUCUUUUGAUUUUCCCAUAAUGUCAAGCAAAGAGGCACUGAUUUAAGGUAGGCCUUGAAAUACAUCCACAGGUACACCAAUUGACUCAACUGAUGUCAAUUAGAAGCUUCUAAAUCCAUGAUGACAUUUUCUGGAAUUUUCCAAGCUGUUUAAAGGCAAUGUCAACUUUGUGUAUGUAAACUUCUGACCCACAGGAAUUGUGAUACAGUGACUUAUAAGUGAAAUAAUUUGUCUGUAAACAAUUGUUGGAAAAAUGACUUGUGUCAUGCACAAAGUAGAUGUCCUAACCGACUUGCCAAAACUAUAGUUUGUUAACAAGAAAUUUGUGGAGUGGUUUAAAUACGAGUUUGUUUGACUCCAACCUAAGUGCAUGUAAACUUCCGACUUCAACUGUAGCUGAGAUCAAACACAGUCCUUU